AUGGAGGGCGAGGCCGUGAAGAACAAGGAACACCCGCUUGCCGGCGUGGUUCUUUGCUUCACCUCCAUCCUUCCAGAGCAGAGGUCGAAGCUGGCUGAGAUUGCAAGCCAAAUGGGAGCCACCCACAAAUAUGAUUUGACUUCGGACGUUACCCAUCUCCUCGUCGGCGAUACGAAUACCGAGAAGUACAAGUUUGUGGCACGUGAACGCAGCGAUGUAUUGGUCUUGAUGCCGGAAUGGAUUGAAGCCGUGAGGCAGUCAUGGAUGGAAGGUGGAGACACCGAUUUGAAAGCCUUGGAGAAGCAGUACAAAUUCCCUACGUUUCAUGGGCUUUCCAUUUGUGUCACUGGAUUCGAUGACCCAUCAUAUCGAACUUAUCUCCAAGAGACUGCUAUAGCGAAUGGUGCCGAUUUUAGGAAAGAUCUUACAAAGAAUGUCACACAUCUAGUUGCUCAUCAGCCCAGCGGCCAGAAAUACAAAUUUGCAACGCAAUGGCAAAUCAAAGUCGUCAGCGCAAAAUGGUUUAGUGACAGCUUGGAGCGAGGCAUGGUUUUAGAUGAAGCCCGCUAUGAUAUUCUUCUGCCACCCAAAGAACAAGGAGUCGGUGCAUGGAACCGCACGCAUGCUCAAGUGCCUGUGAAGAGAAAUAGGUCUGCGGACUCUUCGAAUACGCGAUCGCGCAAACUGCGAAGGGCAGCAAGCAGCAAACUUGGGGAUCAAAAUGAAACAAUUUGGAAUGACAUAAUGGGUGGUGGAUCAAAUUCAUUUGAUAAAGGGGGUACAGUGUCUACCAGUACUUCGACCGGUCCGCAGGCGAGGGAGACUCCUACGCAGGUAUUGAAUUUCUUUGAGACUGAGCCAUCUGCCGAUUCCCCGAAUAAAACUGCUUUGGAGGAAGACGUAUCUUCAGAAUCGAAAGGUUUCCUCCAAGGUUGCUACUUCUAUAUGAAUGGAUUUUCGUCUAAACAGAUACCUAGACAUGAGGUUCCUUCCACGGAAGACAAAGGCUUCAGCUGUGAACUAGUCACUGAUAUGUGGCUGGAACGCUGCUUGGAUGCCAAAACACUCGUUUCGCCGGAAGCCCAUGUUACUAGUACUCCCUUUCCACGGUUGCCGUUAAAUGGUGCGAAAUAUGAGGAGUACUUCACACCGAAUGUUUCCGUUUUAAUAUGCAACGAUCCAAAAUCUGUCAACCCUGAGAAAUUAAGACAUGCACUACAAUGGGGCGUCCCUGUUGUAUCCGCUGACUGGCUUUGGAUAUCUGUACAGUCGAGCCAGAAGAAGGCGUUUGAGCCUUACAUAGUGCACAAACCAGCCUUGCAAAAGAAAGACACUUUGGCGCAUGAAGACUCUACGAAAGUCCAAGUAGCCACUGAUAUAGGAGAAAAAUCAUCUUCAGCGAACUCUGGUAGAGAUGCAAAAUCUCAAUCUCGACAAACAUCACUUCCUGCAAUUGAACCAAAUAAAUCAACGCCGAGUGAUGCGCACGGUUCCACAGGAAGACAGUCCAACGACGCGGCUGAUGCUUCUCUACCAUCACAUUCCCGCCAGCCGACACAGGGGAGCGAUGAUAAGAUUGCUUUGAAAGCUAUCGAAUCCAAGACUGAGGACAAUAGAACUUCAAUCGCAACUUCUCGAAACUCCUUCAGCAGUUUAGAGUCUGCGAUGGAUGGUUUCCUUGAGAAAGCUAGGGCACUUACACGUGCAAGGAACGUUAUGGGCGGGGAGAGCGGCACUCGACGGCGCAGGCCUAACCUGGGAAGGACAAAUUCCUUGUCAUCUGCUAGAAAUGAUUCUAAAAGACCAGAGUCUCGGGCCAGUUCUAUUGAUACACUGAAUGAAGACGGGUAUGGCAGCGCGGUGAGUGUCGAUACUGAUGGGAAUAAAUCGCUUACUGGCAGAUUGUCUCGUACCUUCACUGGCCAGAGUCUUCAAUCUUUGUUAAAUGGCAGCAAAUAUACAAGAUAUAUUGACGCGCCAAUUCCUGAGAACGACGAGCUAUUAGAUGAUGAGAAUGGAACCCCUGCGAUGACUCAACUCAACUACGACGACCCGGAUGCAAUGGCUGUACGAGAAGAGAUUAUGAGAUUAGCCCGCCGAGGAAAUGCCGACGAGGCUUACGUUUCUGAAAAACUGAAGCAAAAAGAACCUAUUCAUCCGCAAGUGGUAGUCGAUGAAUCUCCACAGGUCGUAGACAAGCUGGGAGGGCGAGCAACUACCAGAAGAACACGGAGGUCCGCUGGAAAACAGCAGAAAGAAGACGAUUUUUUCUAA